AUGUUGGAUUCUGAACAUGCAUCAUCAAUUUCCAAGGGAAAAGAAAUUUUUGAGAGACCUAAUAUAAAGUCUGCUCUAUCAUAUAUUGUGUCUAAUUUUAGUUUUUUGGGUGGAUCAAUUUCAAAAUUAGAAAAUACCAAGAUUCCGUUGAGUGAAAGCAUACAAAUUAUUGAUUUAUCAAUUUCAAAAAUUAAUGAAUCAGAGGGCCCAACAGCAGAAUUAUUAAAGAAUAAAAUGAACGUUGUUUUAAACAAAAAUUUGGGACUGAAGACUAUUAAAUGUAUAAGAAACAUUCUUUGUGGUAUUGCGGAUGAAGACACGAUGGAGCUCAAUCUUCACCUAGUGAAAUAA